AAACAUUAUUCUUUGGAGCAUUGUUCUAUCAGCUGCAGCUCAGGUGUUCUGCGCGAUUUUCUAUUUGUGAAGCUUAAGAAUCACGACUGUACAUUUUGUUUUUAUUGGACAAUGAACGGUGUUUGGAUUUAUUGGUGUCUCUUAUGUAUUAUCAUAAAGUUAUGUGAAGCGCAGAACCAGUUUUUCAAAAUUUCAAUGGUGUCAUCAGAUUUAAACCCCAGUCAGCCGGCAACGUUCCAGCAUGGUGAAAGCCCCGUGUGGGACCCCGUAACACAGAGCCUCUACUUCGUAGACGUUCACCAACAAAAUGUACAUCGCCUAGAGUACAGCUCUGGCAGAAUACAUACCAAACAUAUAAGUUACGGGCAAGUGAACGUGGUGUCGCUAGUAGCGAAUUCUCAGAGACUGCUAGUAACAGUUCGGGCGGGUGUAUACCUGCUGGACUUCGAUGUGCCCGGGGACGAGGCUCUGCGGCUCCUCACCACCGUCGACGAUGGACUGCCUGAUAACGUCAUCAACGACGGCAAACCUGACGCCGAAGGGCGCUUUUGGGGAGGAACCAAAGGCCCCCAAACCGGCGAUGACGUGACUCCCGACAAGGCGACAUUCUACAGCAUAGAACAAGAGAGCUUCACGCACCCGCGCGUCCAGUUGCGCCCGGUAUCGAUCUCCAACGGGCUGGCGUGGUCUCUGAACAACACCGUGCUGUAUUACAUAGACUCGCCCACGCAGAAGGUGGAGGCGUUCGACUACGACAGUGUAAGGGGAGAGAUCAGCGGAAGGAGAACGAUCGUAGACAUAUCAAAUUACGGGUACGAAGACGCGAUCCCUGACGGCAUGACCAUCGACAGCAAGGGACACCUAUGGGUCGCGCUGAUGUUUGGGGGAACUGUUCUCCACAUCGACCCGGAUUCCCGGCAAGUGAUCUAUGGUUACAAGAUCCCCGCCUCCCGGGUAACCUCAGUAUGCUGGGGCGGACCAAACCUGGAUGAGUUGUUCGUAACCACGGGCAAAGAAGACACGGUGGACUCGACCCUUGAGCCGCUGGCAGGCGCCGUGUUCACCAUACGGGGCACCGGCAGUAGGGGCGUAGAACCGAAUUUGUUCAAGUUUGACAACGCUGAUAAGUAUUAACGUACUAGUGCAUUUAUAUCGUUUCAUCGAGAAAUUUUAUCGAUUUUAGACGAUCUAAAUACAUUUAUCGUCUAAAAUCGACGAUAAGAUUAUAUCGUGGCGCGCAUCUUAUGCCGGCUGGUAAUAAAGGUGAUAAAUAUUAUGUAACUAGCCGGGCUAGGAUGCGCGCCGCGAUAUACUUUAUCGACGUCAAAAUGUAUGGCAAAUCGAUAAAAUGGCAUGAUAACCGCUUAUCGCGGCGUGCAUCAUAGGCCUACAAGUCUAAGGUUUUCUGCUUAGCUACUAGUGACUAGGAAAGAGUCAUUACAGGUUGAAAAAAGCUAAAAUCAAAGAAAAUUGAAAUUGUUUAGGUAGUACUAUUUAUAAAAAUAUUAAAUUAUUAAUUAAACACCAGUGACAAAGUUAUAUUGCUUUUGCAUGCGACACGAUUUGUAUAAAAUACCUAUCGGUUUGUGUAAUAUCGCUAUGUUCUAAUAAUGAAUGGCGGCAAAAUUAAAAUUGAACACGGUUCAAAAUGUGUUAAAUUAUAAACAUUAACUUUAUAAUGGUGUUGGUAGAAUGUCCAAUUAUAAACAAUUUUAUAACACAAGAAUUUUAUCUAGAGUUAAAAUUCAUGUUAUGAAAUGCGGAUUACUUAAUUUAAGUUCAUCAUCAUCAUCAUUUCAGCCACAGGACGUUCACUGCUGAACAUAGGCCUCCCCCAAUGAUUAAUGAUAAUAUAAGUUAUUAGUACGAAAAUAAACUGUUUUUAAUAUUAAUAUGUUUUUUAUUUACAACUUAUGUGCUUUAACUUGGUAGACAUCAUAACAUUGUUAUUUAUCGUAUCUUAUCGAAACUACACUGCUAAUUUAUCAAUGAUGCAAAUAAUGACUAGAGAAUAAAUUUUGAAUGAGCAUGACAUUCAAGGGAUUGGAUUAAAAAAAUAAUAUACGAUUGCAUUCUGAAAUAAUUUAUUUUAAUAAGAGGACAUGAUUACCUACAACAAGAGCAAUUUAACAAGAAAUAUUAACAUUUUAGACUCCAUCAAUAAUAACAAAAUCAUCACGUGACAACAGCGAGAGAACGACUAGUAUCAUUUACAACAAUUUGUGACAUUCAUUUAGAAUUUUGAAAAAAGAUAUGCGAAUCCAUUUUACAAUCGAAAAACUUGAAUAUUACACCAAAACGUGAAGUGAUAAAUGUUCUAUUAUCUACAUUAUUUAUAACCUAUGAACAGUCGUAUAAUCUAACAACAACAUAGUUGAAUGCAAGCACGCGUUGCAUUAACACAGUUUAGGCACAUUUUUCCGAUACAAUUAAUUAUCCCAUAAACAAUAAAACGAAGCGCUAAUCACCGGCAUACUUAUCACAUAAAUCGCUAUACAUACGUUUUUUUUAUACACAUAGAGAACUUCGUUUACUAUGUCGAGUUAAGCUGUAUUUAAAAACUUUGUUAACAUAUUAUUUUGUAAUAAAUAUACAACCUACACACAAUAUAUUGGAUAUUGUUGAUUUAAUUUACCUGUAAUAUAAAGAUUUACUGCUUUCCUAAAUAUUGACAAGCUGGUUAAUUGAGGUAGUAACAAUUAGAAUGUUUCAUUAGUAUCUAGUGAUAAGAUUUGCCAAACAAGGUGUAUAGUCGUUUACCUUUGCUAACUAUAAAAUUUGGAAUAUCUACCAUAUUCUAGAGAUAUAAAGUUUACAAUCGAGAUUCCGUAACUUUCCUAAUUUAUGUGUCAUUUAAUUGACCAUUCUAAUCGAUGCAAGCUAUUCAACGUUACGAUACAUAUUACUCUAUGAACGGACUUCUCUAAAACAUUAACACUUUAUAGAUUAAGAAGUACGAACUAUAGAUACGGGCAAUGGCAGUGUCUAGGCUGUUCCUUACUACAAGUGAUAUAGUCCGUAACAUCUACGUUCCACACAUUCGAGACUCGAGUACGGUCUAUGAUCGUACUCUAAAAUCACCACACCUUUCUUUCAAUACUUAUUGUAUUGCUGGACGUAUCGCGCCAUAAUGGUUUCAGAUCUAUACAAAUAUUUAAUUUCGGAAAACCAGUACUAUUGUAGUACCGGAGUUAAUGAAGGUAAAAUAGUUAUCUGUGGGGCUACUCCUAAGGAACCUGUUUCAUUUUAUUCCCUAUGGGAUCUAUUGUACUGGGACAAUAUUAUGUAUACAACUACAACUUAAUGGGCUUUAUUUCAUUAGGACACUGACAACGCAACCAACAAUAUAUUAAACAAAUUAUUUCACUGGGACACCUUGACGGCACAAUUAACAAUAUGUAUACAAAUAUACAGGUACCAGUACGCAACUAA